AUGAGUGACUUAGUUCAGGGUUCUAACAAUUUCCACUUACUAUAUACUAAAAUCAAAGCUUUAUGGGAUGAAUUAGACAUCGCAUACACUAAAACAAGUUGCUCAUGUGCUUGUGAAUGUGGAGGAAAGGAUAAGGUGCUAAAAUCUGUGCAAGAUGAGAGACUAAUUAAAUUUCUUAUGGGCCUAAAUGACACUUUUGCUACUGUUAAGAGUAACAUUAUAAUGAUGAGUCCCUUCCAUGAUUGGCCCCUUCCGACGGUUAAUAAAGCUUAUGCUUUACUGAUACAAGAUGAAAAACAAAGAGAGAUAUCUAUUCACUCUAAUUUCUCUAAUGACUCCUCUUCUUUCUUGGUUAAUGGUGGCAACAACCCAGGUGGACAGUAUUCAGGAACUAGGAACCCUAAUUUCAAAGGAAAGAAAAGCAAUGUGGUGUGUUCCUUUUGUAAGAAGGUGGGACAUACAGUUGAUAAAUGUUAUAGGGUGAUUCGUUUUCCUUCUAAUUUCAAGUUCACAAAGACAAGGGGUUUUCAGAGGGAUGUGAAAAUCUCAGAUGCUAAUGCUAAUGCUGCUCUUGCAGGUAAUAUUCAAGGGCAACUCAAAGAUAUGUGUUUUGAUUCUAGGAUUCGCAUUACUCUUAGAGCUCUGCCUUAUUCUGUGAAUGUAAAUCUUCCUAAUGGUUUCAAAGUUAAAGCUACUCAUGCAGGCAGUGUUGCUUUAUUUCCUGAACUUAUCAUUCACAAUGCCCCUUCAGUGAAGAGGCCUCUGGUACUUGGUCAAGCUAGCCAUGGCCUUUAUCAGUUGUUUCCCUUCAGUUCCAAGCCUAAGAUUCCUGUUAAAGAAAACUCUAAUGUAAGACUAUGGCAUGUAAGGUUUGGGCAUAUGCCUUUUUCAUCAAUGAAGAAUCUCAGUUCCUUUCUUUUUAAGUCUAUUUCUGAUUAUUAUUUUGGUAGAGCUACUUGGACCUAUCUUCUAAACUCUAAAGGAAAUGCUUUUUCUAUGCUAAAACAGUUCUUAAGCAUGGUAGAAAGACAAUUCAACAAGAAAUUUAAACAAAUAAGAUAUCCCUCUAGAGUUUUAAAUGGAAAAACACCCUAUGAAGUCAUUUUCCAACAUCCUCCUGAUUAUCAAUAUUUGAGGUGUUUUGGUUGUCUCUGUUUUGUUUCCACUCCAGCACAAAAUAGGUCAAAAUUUGCUCCUAGAGCCAAUGCUUGUGUCUUUAUAGGUUACCCAUUUGGUCAAAAAGGAUAUAAAGUUCUUCAUCUUAAAACUAGAAAGAUUUCUGUUUCAAGGGAUGUGGUCUUUCAUGAAGAAACUUAUCCUUUCAAGUCAUCAUCAGUUUCUUCUCAUUUGACACUUUUCCCUUCUUCACCUAACACUAACCUUUUCUACACAAUCUGUGUCAGAACUUGUAUUAGAAAAUAA